UUUCGUUUACGAUGCUACACUGACUAAAAUUGGUAGGCUUAGGAUACCCAUCCGAUACUGAUACUUUCAAAAAUACUGAUACUGCAAAAUUACACAAUGAGAAAUCUAUUUAUUCUAUCAUUUAGACGAAAUCUCAAUAAUUUAGCUGCUUUCUAGUGUACUGUUAAUGUUAACUCAUAAAAAUAUCUGCUACCGGAAGUGAAUGAUGAAGGACUACAAACGGAAUCCCAAAGCAUUUAAGAGGUCCAUCCAUCCAUCCAUCCAUCCAUCUAUUUUCUAUGCCGAUUAUCCUGGCGGGGAAGUAAAGGCAGCCAAAGCAGUGAAAGGAGGUUCUUGCGGAUACAACAAACAGCAGCGGUGCAAACUGAAAGCAUGUUGCAAAGGAUGAAGACCUUCCCAUUGGCAUAGCCAUGUUUUGUCUCCAUGCCAGCUAUGUCGCUCUCAGCCGUCUCUGCGGUGACCUCUGCACCACAAAUGAUGCUGGGAAAUAACAAGCACUUUUAUCCCGGUCAGGAUGACAAAGAUGGGGAGGAUGAGGAGGAUGAAGAGGACCUGGUCAGGGAAAGCGGAAAAGCGGAAGAUGUACGUGACAUCGAGAAUGGAGGUUUAGACGGUCUGCUGGAGGAAGACAUGACAGGAGGAAGACAGUCCUGGGAAGGAAAAGUUGUCGAGGUGGCCAAACCGGCAGCCAUCGUGGUCGGUAGGCAGAGAGCAGACCGGCCAAUGAGGUCGGGACACCCGGGCAACCGCGGGAUCGCUUACACGCCGAAUCAAACCACCUUACAUCAUCAAAUCGCCAAUAAGACACAGCAUCAUGUCGUCAUGGCCAAUCAGCAUCACGCAUCGGGCUUGAAUGCAUCACACAAGAGGAGAGCUUUGAUGGAGCGCAGCAUGACCACCAUGGCCCCGCUGGAGGACACCUUCCUGUCCAUAAUGGUGUUCCGCAUUGGAAUUCCGGACAUCAAACAAACAAGGUGUCUCCAGUUUGACCAAGAAUGUACGGUGUGGAAUGCCAAGCAGCAGAUCAUCUGCUCCCUCAGUGACACCUUGUGGGACGUAUACAACUACGGCCUCUUCCAGCCAGCGGGAGAAGGACGGGACGCCAAGUUCUUGGACGAGGAGAGAACCAUGAAGGAAUACUCACCGUCUUUUGAGAAAGGGGUGCCUUACCUGGAGUUCAGGUACAAAACAAGAGUGUAUAAGCAGACAGCUCUGGAUGAAAAGGCUCUCUCCAAGCUCAGCACUAAGGCCAGUCUGAAGAAGUUCAUGGAUUAUGUACAGACUGGAGCGCUGGAGAAAAUGGUUAAAGCCCUCGAUAAAGGUCUUGAUCCAAACUUCCAUGACCUGGAGAGUGGGGAGACCCCCCUGACUCUGGCCGCACAGUCAGGCCUUCCAGUGGAAAGCAUCAGGGCUCUGGUUCAGGGCGGAGCUCAUUUUGACUUCAGAAGCAGAGAUGGCCUGACCGCAGUGCACAAAGCUGUCAGGGUUCACAAUCACGUGGGGCUGAUGGCACUCUUGUCGUUGGGAAGCUCUCCAAACUACAAAGACCGCUGUGGCCUGACCCCGCUGUACCACACAGUCCUGACAGGGGGCGACACCUCCUGCUGUGAGACUCUGCUUUACUACAAGGCCAAGUUGGGGACAAGGGAUGAGAAUGGCUGGGACGAGACUCAUCAGCACAGGGAUGAAGAGGAAUUUGGAAUGGAAGAAAUACAUAAGGCUUGCCAGAAUGGCUUUGCCCAACACUUGGAGCAUCUGCUGUUUUAUGGGGCAGACGCAUCCUCUCAGAACGCCUCAGGGAAUACUGCGCUUCACAUUUGCGCCCUGUACAACAAAGAAAGCUGUGUCCGUGUUCUUUUGUACAGGGGGGCAAACAAGGAAGCAAAGAACAAACAUGGUCAGAACCCUUUUCAGCUGGCUGUCAUGUCUGGUCACUUUGAACUCGGGGAAAUCAUCAAAAACCACAAAGAUUCAGAUAUAGUGCCCUUUUUGGAAUCACCCAAAUAUGUCCCCAAGCGAAAAGAAAGCGCCCAUACGCUGCCUCUUCCCUUGCUCCAGUCCCAUCCUUUACUGCGUGCUAACAGCGACAACACCAUGGCCCACUCUGAUCCCGUGGUUAUUCCCAACAAGGCGGCGACAACUCCUAACCCAGCUCAGGCCCACCGAAGAGCUUCCAUUGGCUUGAGAAGCUCCAGCAGCCCCAGAAAUCGCACCCGUUCACCAUCGCGAGGAAGAGGAGGCCAGAGUGACACAGAGGAGCGGCAUAGGCAGCCACGAGGAAGGCCGGGGGCGACCCCUGCAGGCAGUGGGGGAGGUCAAGUGAAGCGGUUGUACAGUGCAGUGCCCGGGCGUGUGUACGUGGCUACUCGGGCCCACUCUGCCAGUGGAGACAGACAGCUGUCACUCAACAAAGGGGACAAAGUUAAAGUGUUGAGCGUCGGGGAGGGGGGCUACUGGGAGGGAACGGUGAAAGGUCGCACUGGCUGGUUCCCCUCGGACUGCGUGGAGGAAGUGGCUGCCGGCAGUAAGGACAAUCGAUCAGAAACACGUAGUGAGAAAGCCAAGAGGAAGCUCUUCCGUAACGUCACCGUCGGUGCAUACGACGGCACCGAUGGUCCCAGUGACUACAUCAUUAAGGAGAAGACAGCACUCCUACAGAAAAAAGACAAUGAGGGCUUCGGCUUUGUGCUUAGGGGAGCUAAAGCUCAGACUCCCAUAGAGGAAUUCACUCCGACGCCGGCGUUCCCAGCGCUACAGUACCUGGAGUCUGUCGAUGAGGGGGGCGUGGCGUGGAGGGCCGGCCUCAGGAUGGGAGAUUUCCUCAUCGAGGUGAACGGCCAGAACGUGGUGAAGGUGGGACACCGACAGGUGGUCAACAUGAUCCGACAGGGCGGCAACAGUCUAAUGGUCAAAGUGGUGAUGGUCGCCAGAAACCCCGAGCUGGAGGAUACCACUCGAAAGAAAGCCCCGCAGCAGACCAAAAGGCUGACUCCUCCUGCCAUCGCCCUGCGCUCCAAGUCAAUGACAUCAGAGCUGGAAGACAUGGUGGAAAAAGCUGCCUCUCCGUGGAAAAAGAAAGCAGACUACGAGUCCUCGCAGGGUCCUGAUAAGAAGAGGACAGUCUAUCAGAUGGCACUGAAUAAACUGGAUGAAAUCUUGGCUGCCGCCCAGCACACGAUUACGUCAGACAACCAAGGCCAGAGAGGUCACGGAGGCAAGAGAGACCGCAGCAAGAGUAUUGUUCCUAAUGUCUCCAAUGAGCCAACAUAUGAUCUGCAAGCCACGGUGAAUGCAGUGCAAUCCAGACCUGAUUUUACCUACAACCAAGGGCACUUUCAACCAACCCAGCAUGCGGUCAUGAUGCGUCAGAAAUCCAUUGGUAUAACCGAAGAGGAGAGGCAAUACCUUCACCCACCUGCGAUGAAGUUAGCUCGUAGCUUGUCGGUGCCUGGACCAGAAGAAAUCCCUCCACCCCCAAACACAUCAGCGCCGGAGCCACCUUUAUCUGCCGGGCCUUACCCCGGCAGGGGCCCUGCCAUGCCCAUACCUCCCGUAUCACAGGCCCACUUCCAGCUCCACUCCCAACCAGCUCAGCCUAAUCAAUGGGAAAGGGGAAGUGGCAUGAACCAGCAGGUUAUGGUCUCCACACUCCGCAGACAAUCCGACGGACAAGAGGCACCCAGGCGAGGCGGUGGCAAGAUGGGAGGUUUAAGAAGAGGCUACAGUAGCGCUACGCCGCCAACGAGCGCUAAACCUAAGGCUCAGCAAGCCCAGCAACAUCAUCCACAUAUGGCGUCUCGGGAUCAAGGUGGAGGAACCGGCAGGGGGGCAGCCCGCAGAGGAGGACGGGGAGCUCUGACCAAGCAGUCUAAAGUCGAGGAUGGACUGCGACAACAUCGGGGGAAAGGCGGCGCAGCCAAAGAGAAGACCUCCAUCCCCAUCCCGACCAUCAUCAUCAAAGCUCCCUCCACCAGCAGCAGCGGCCGAAGCAGCCAGGGAAGCAGCAUGGAGGCCGAGGCCCCGCAGGACGCAGAGGAACACACAGAUGCUGAACCGACUCCAGAAAGCCCAAACUCCACUUUACCGUCGCCGCUCACUUCGACGCCGCCUCAGCCCCUGACGUCCACGUCCUUGCCUCAAUCGGCUGCUCCGGUUUCGAUGAGGCAAAACCUGGAGAACGUGGACUACACGUCGUCCUUCGGUUCAACAUUUGGAAGCGGAGGGGCACGCCGGGAAAGGGAACGUUUCCGUGACAUGAGAAGAAAAAGUGCUUCUUUCUUCCUCUCAUCAGAGGAGGACAUCCAAGGCGAGGCGGGUGGGGGCGCGGUGGAGGGAGGAGAAGCGCUAAGUGCAAGGAUUCAACCACUCCAGAGCUCCCAAAUGGAGGUACCAGCUCCUCGACUCAGGCCAUCCAAGUCUAUAGACGAGGGAAUGUUUUCUGGCGACAACUACGUCCACUAUUCCAGCAGCAUGCCCCCGGCCUUUGGCCUUCCGGAAUAUUCCUCACCUGUCCUCAGUCAAGACGGCCAACCCAAAUCCGCUCCAUCAAUGUACGGCUCCCAGCCUGCUACCACUUUCAUUCACCCGCUCACUGGGAAGGUUCUGGAUCCCUCGUCUCCGCUGGGACUUGCACUCGCCGCCAGGGAGCGAGCCCUCAAAGACGACCGCAGGACUCGACGAGAGGAGCGACACUUUGGUCGACAGCUUUCCACAGUCGGAGCGUUCACCACCCCCACUCAGACCCCGACACCCUCUCUUUUUGCAACCCCCACACAAUCCACCUACACGUCACCCGUCUCCCUUCACUUGAGCUCCCCCACUACCAACACCUCACCCGCAUCGCUAAGUCGGCCGCAGUCACCUCGGAUCUUACGCAUGGGAGGAGGAGGGGAGAAGAUGGAGAAAGACAAGGAUGGAGGGUCCAGGGAGGGUCUUAGAGUUCGAUUCUCCGAGGAUAAAAACAGCCAAUAUUCCAGCCAGUAUUACCCUCAAAGCCCCAGAGAGAGAGAAAAGGAGGUCCAUGAUAGCAAAGGACAGCCUCCUCCACAUCCAACUCAGCCUGCCCCUCGCAGGCCUUCCUUUCUGCAGAUGGAAAGCAGUCCUAACACCGGCUACAUCCCUCAGUACACCGUCCCCACAGCACCGGCACAGGCCCCGACAGAGGACGCCGCACACUUGGGAAUGAUGGUUCUACCUCCACCAGCUCCCUCCAUAGACGUGGAUGAGGAGUUUGUCUUUGCAGAUCCCUUGCCGCCCCCUUUACAGUUCGCUAAUGGUAAGAACGAGACCUUGAAGGACUACCACCACCAGCAGUACCAACACGCCAGUCAUCGAUCUGCUCCACCACCACCUCCGCUUCCGUCUCCUAAACCGCCGAGCGUUCCCCAAUCCUCCUCGCAGGGCGGCGACUCUGCCACCUCCAGCCUUACCUCCUACGACAGCGAAGUGGCUAACUUGACACAGUCUGCUCUCUCGCCGUCUUUGCCAUCGCCACAGAAAUACCCCUCCUCCUCCGCGAGCGCCUCCGCGAGCGCCUCCGCUGUCGCCGCGUCGCUGCACAGACCCCAACCCAUGUCCCAUUCGCACGCAUAUCACAGUGGCUCCAGUGACCCACUGGGGGGGAGUCACGCCACAGCCCACGACAGAGGCGCCGCCGCCCUCACCACUACCAUGACGUAUGCCACCACUACCAUGACAGCCGCCGCCGCCGCCGCAACCACCGCAACCUCCACAGCGUCGGACUACAGCAUGAUUGUGGGUGAGCCCAAAUGUGGCUACAGCUCAGGGGGCAAAGCGGCCAACCACAUCCACUACCCAGUCAGUGUACCCAAAAGUGGAGAAUGGCAGGACGCCGUGGUGGAUUCUGGGAUUGAGGAGCUGGACAGUCACAGCAGCAGCGACCAUCAUAUCGAGAUGCUUGGAUUGACGGGGCUGAGAGGAGACAGGACUUUAGGUGACGGGGAGAAAAGGGACGCGCCUCAGGAUCCUUCCACGGCUUAUUCAGGUGGGCAAACAUUUGAAGUACAGAACACCAAAUCGGCAAAGAUGAGUCAUUACAAGGACGGAGGGGGGAGAGCACUUCCUGUCGCACUACGCCGACAAAACAGCACCAACCCCGCUCCUUUACAACUGCAUCGACAAAACAUCUCAGACAACAUCAGAUUCGAUGGAGCGCUACCCGAUGACAGGAGACAUACGCAGAGUAGACCCAAAAUGGACGACAACUUCAGCGCCACCCUGGCCGCCUGCUUAGACAGACCCAUCGAGCCCCGGUCGACAAAUUGGGGGGACGUCGGGGAUCACGAGCAGCUCCCGAGAACUGCUAUGGCUUUGGAUGGACGCAGACUUCACUCGCCUAUGUCAGGUGUAAAGGCCAGCAUCAUCAACGAGCUGAGCUCCAAGCUUCAACACAUGAGUAGCAUGAGGAGUAUGGACGACUGGAGCCACGCCCCCAAGUCGCCCACCAUGCACAGGUAUUCUGCAGAUUUCACAGAUGCAUUUCACAGCCCCCCUACCGGGCGCUCCACCUCACCGUUACCCACCACCUCCCCCCAGCAUCGUCACAUUGGGCUCCCACCCAAUCUACCCACCGCCCCCUCUGUAUCCCCUUCCCCCCAAGUCCCGGUACAGCGCAACUGGACCCGUUCUCCCUCCCCUCAAAUGCCGUCCUCGCCGGUCCACUCUCACCCUCCUCAUUCGCCCACCUACUGUCCUUACCCGACGUCGCCCAAGCAUCGGUCCAAGAUGCGGCGACAGACUUUCGAUUUCCAGUUCAGCCCCACCAAGGAGAUGCGAUCAUCGGUUUCCAGACGCCGUGCCCCCAGCCCGCUCAUCUAUAAUACCGAACAGCCCAGCCCCACCCCUCCCAGACCCUCGUCCCUGCCCAUCCUUCCCAGCACACCGGUCUACAACAACCCCUUUGAAUUCCCGGGCCCCGUGUCCCCUGGUGGCCUUCCCCUGGGAGACGCGUACUCAGCCUCAACGCCGCCACUCUUCUCCCCGUCUGGUGUGCCAAGCGCCAACCCGCUACUCACCACCCGCUCGCUCUCCCCGACCCACUAUCUCUCUGGAGCCUCCUCCCCUUUGCACUUACCCCCCAGCCCGUCCUGCCUCAACUUCCCCCAGUUUACACCCCCUCCCCCCGCCAAACCCUUUGCUCUCAAGCCACUGCCCUACUGGACCAAGUACGACGUGGCCGACUGGCUGGCUUACCUAAACCUGGGCGAACACAGAGAGCGGUUCAUCGAUAACGAAAUAGACGGAUCCCAUUUGCCUUCGCUUACCAAGGAUGACUUCUUGGACUUGGGGGUCACUCGCGUGGGGCAUCGAAUGAACAUUGAGAGGGCGCUGAAGAAACUCACUGACAGUAAAGUUGGACUUUUAACGAGUGAUUAUCAAAAUUCCAAGCCACCAAUGCUAGAGAACAUGCAGGACACAUGAGGUAAUAUAUUUUUUAAUAUAACAUUUUUCUUUUAUUUUUGGAAUAUUGCACAUUUUUUGUCAUAAUAUUUAGAAUAUUUCACGCUUUACUUGGAAAAUGACUUUUUAAUCAUAGUACUUUGACUUUCUUAUCAUAAUAUUGAGACAUUCUCCUCAUGGUAUUCGUUUUUUUUUUAUUGUUUCAGUAUAAUAUUAGUGUUUAGUUUCAAUCAUAUAUUGGCUUUUUAGUUGAAAUAUUUAAAUUUUUCACAGAAUUUGCAGAAUUUGAAAAUAUUUAGACUUUUCUCAGAAUAUAAAAUAGCACUUUUUUUCUUUUGGACUUUUUCCCAAAUAAUAUUUUUUUGGGGCAUAUUUUUUAUUGUUUUCGCUUUUUUCAUUCAAUUUUAACUUUUCCUUUGAUGCCCAAUAUUGGCUUUUUUGCAGGGAACCGAUAUGCCGGUGUUGUCCAAUGCUCAAUUCCCGAUAUCGAUAUCAGCCUAUACAGGACAUGAAAUAUCACCUAUGGUAUACACAGGAUUUUAUAUCUCUUUUCAUGAUUGGGAAAAAAUAUCUAAUAUCGAUUUCAACCAAUAUCGCAUAAUUAUUCUGAUAUAUUUACAGUAUCAUUACAUAAUACGGUAUUUUGACUUUUUGUAAAAGGUUCCCGAGCAAAAAAACUAAACCAAAACUAAGCAAAUCUUUUCACGUGUGGCAGGGAAAAAACUUUUUCUCAUGUAAGGUUAUGACUUUUUCACAUAAUAAUAAUUUAUCUUUGUUGUAUCACAUAAUACACUAUGCCCUUUGGACUUUUUCAGUUCAUACUUUGAUUUAUUAGCACUUUUUCUCAUUUUCUACUUUUCAGUGUGGCCCUAAUACUUCAUUUUUUUAACAUAUUUAUGAUAUUAUAUUACAUGAUUAUGACUUAUUAUUCUGAUAAAAAAAAAAGUAUGCAUUGGAGAGGAACAAAAAUGUUUUUUUAUGUCCAUUGCAGACUACAACUCACUUUCUUUUCUACAUUACUGGUGCCAUAGCACAAGCGGACGGAGGGACGGACGCCAUAUUGUUACUGUAGGUGCCGUGAUCACAAAAGGGCUUUUUUACUGCUUCACCUCCUGUGUGUCUCUUUAAAAUGUCUUUUCGGUUUGUUUUUUUGUUUUUUUUUUUUGUUUCUUUGCUGCUACUUGUUGACAAUCCUGCUUGCCUGUUCCACAUAAACUGAUAAACUGACCAAUUCACUUGCGAGAAACACAUCCAUACAUAAUAGCGCGGCCGGGACUUUAGUGUUUUAAAAAUCUCUUGUCUUCCAAACUCUUUUGUUUGGUUCAUUAUUUUGCCGGGGGGUGUGAUUUGUGUCGAUGCUUUCUAUACUGCUCGCCCUGUGAUGACUUUAGUGAAGCAUACGCGUUAGGUUUUAAUGCAUAUUCUCGCCAUGUGAGCAACUAAACAUGACUCAUGUAUUGUCCUCCCGCUGAGUCACCUCAGUGCUAUUUUGUGUGAUGACGGGACUGUAGAAAAUACUACAUACGUAUGAUUUACAGUAUAUGAAGUAUUUUAGCUCUAGUGAAAUGUAUAAUGAAUAUGACCACAUGCAGUAUGAGUGUAAGUAUGCUGAGUUUAAAAAAAAAAGUAUAUAUGGCUAUAAAGUUACAUUUGAAAUAAAAUAGAGUACAUAUGAAAUAAAAUAAUGAUAGCGGUACUACUGUGUUGAAUGAUUCUUUG